UCUGAUUUGUUUAGAUUUUGCCGUUGGAUCUGUACAAGAUGCUCCAAAUUUCUGGGUUCUGGAAAUUUCGAGAUUUUAUAGUCAGAUAAUAUUGGUUGUUAAGGACAUCGCUGUCCAAUUUGAUCAAAUCGCUCCAAGUUCGCAUCAUUUUCUUAUUGAAUUACCUUUUUUCAAAGGAGAAUCGAAGCACCUCUCUCGUGCAUAUUUGCAGCAGACAAAUAAAGAAACUAAAAUUUUCGCCAUUUAAUGAACAAUUGGACUGAAAACCUUUUAUCAAAGGGAGAGAAAAAAAUGAAGUGGUACCUCUCUUUUCUUAGUCAUUUUGAUAGGAGUGCAAUAAGCUUAAUCCUCAGGACGCUAUUCCUCAGAGAAAUAUCAUAAUUUUCUCAUCAUGCUUAUUCUCAGCUGACUAAAUGAGAAACUAAAGAAACGUGUAUUCUUGUAGUGUCAUCCUUUUUCCAGUUCUGAUGGAACUAGUUGGCUUAGUACACAAUUGUUAAAGCUGGAACUUCCUGUUGACUAGAGAUAUUUCUCAAGUUGUGAUCCAGAUGAAUUAACAGACAAUAUUUUAUUUAUCCUAUUUUAUAGAUCAGAUAGUGACUGUGAUGCCUAUAUGUGGUUGGUGGCUGGUCUAUUCUUGACUAUAUGAAGCUCAUGUAUUUUAUUAACAAAACAACUCUUCACUAGAACUGUGCCAAUUUGCCAAGUGAAGGUAGACACCUUAAGCCCCUUGUGAGCUAGUGAAGUCUAGCAAUAAAAUCAAGGAAAACAUUCCACGAGAGUAAUAAUGGCUGAUGAAUCAUGGAGGAUACCUAUGCUAGUGCAAGAACUGGCAGCCAAGGUGCAGCUGCCACCAAGCAGGUAUGUGCAGCCGGAGCAGUAUCAUCCUGUCAGCCUAGUGGUUGCUGCUGAGAAGCCGGAGCCCAUCCCUGUUAUUGACCUUAGCCGGCUUUUGGCUGCUGAUAGUGCUGAUGAUGAGGGAAGCAAGCUCCGGUUUGCCUUGCAGAGCUGGGGGCUCUUCCUGGUCGAUAACCAUGAAAUAGAAACUUCUUUGAUGGAUGAUUUGAUCAACGCAUCAAGAGAGUUUUUCCAUCUGCCAGUCGAAGAGAAACAGAAGUGCAGUAACUUGAUAGGCGGCAUGGGCUUCCAAUUAACCCAUGGAAAUGACCCAGUGGCAUCAAAGGAUCAAACCCUGGACUGGUUGGACCGACUUCAUCUCAGGGUAGAGCCAGAAGAUGAGAGGAAUCUUGUCCAUUGGCCCGAACGUCCCAAUUGUUUCAGGUCUCUUUUACACGAGUACACGUUGAAGUGCAAGAGAAUCAAAGAUUGUAUCCUUCGGGCAAUGUCCAAGGCUCUAGGACUUAAUGAAGAUUACAUUGUUGCCCAGUUUAGUAACAAGGCUCCCAGUUUUGCAAGAUUCAACUACUACCCACCCUGUCCAAGACCAGACCUUGUCUUUGGUGUCAAGCCUCACUCUGACAGCGGUGUUCUUACCAUCCUUCUCAUGGACAAAGAUGUUGGUGGACUUCAAGUUCUUAGAGAUGGUGCCUGGCACAAUGUUCCAACUAAUCCCCACAGGUUGUUGAUUAAUAUAGGAGACUUCGUAGAGAUAAUGAGUAAUGGGAUCUUCAAGAGCCCAGUCCACAGGGCUGUCACAAACGCGGGGAAAGAGAGGAUCUCAUUGGCUAUGUUCCAUGGCCUGGAUCCUAAGGAGGAGAUUGAGCCGGCGACAGCUCUGUUACAUGAGAAGCAACCGGCGCGGUACAGGAAAAUUAAAGCCAAGGAGUACCUGGCUGGAUUCUACGAACAUUUUUGUAGAGGAACAAGAUUUAUCGAGGCUGUGAAGAUCUAAGGGUGGUAGCUUAGUUUCUAACGGAGUAUCAAUGGUGAAUGAAGAAUGUUUUUUGUCGUGUGAUGUACAUAAUAUGGAUCACCAGAUGAAUGUGCUGAAGGUCAUCGCUGGGAUUUUUAUAUAUGAAGAAAUUUCUUAUGAUUUGGGCCAA